AUGGAUCUGGCUGCAUGCAACGGUCAUUCGGAUAUCGUGUGUUGGUUACAUACACACUCAAGUGCUGGGUGUACGUCAAAUGCUAUGGACUUGGCCGCAAAAGGUGGUCACUUGGACGUCGUGAUCUUCUUGCACGAGAAUCGAUCAGAGGGCUGCACAUCUCGAGCCAUGGACCACGCCGCGGAGAAUGGUCAUCGAGCAGUUGUGCGGUGGUUGCACGAGCACCGUCCAGAAGGUUGCACCACAGAUGCCAUGAACGCUGCUGCUCGUAAUGGCGACGUGCGGCUGCUGGAUUUCUUGUACUCAGAACGUACCGAAGGCUGCACGCUGCGUGCUCUAGAUCGAGCAGCGUACACUGGUCAACUCGCCAGUGUGAGAUGGCUUUUAAGCCACCUCCCCGAGCAGUUCGACGAGCCGGAGCGAGUCCGAGAAGCAAUAGAAGCAGCUAGACGGGGUCGGGCUGAUCAUGUCGCUGCGUGGUUACGAAGACAUGUUGAGAAUCACAUCGAACAAGACGAGUCAUAA